GACAACUGUUUCGAUUCUGCACUUGGCCAAUUCAUCCCAUUUGAACUGGAUAUAAAAAGGCGAUUCAUUUCAGCUGGAGAACAGCAGUAACGGCCAAGGGACCAACUAUUCACAAGAUGAAGUCUUGCAAAAUCCUGCUAAAGGUAUUCUGUGUAAUAUUUUUUACGUCGGCUGGUUUGAUCAACGCCGGGGGAAUAGACGACUCUAUUGAUGAAGGACUGGUAAGGAGCAGUAAUGAAACUGACGAAGGCGACGUCGAUACGAUUAUUGGCGGUUGGAUAGUUCCCAGAGGAGAUCACAAAUACAUGGCUCGUUUGAGUUCUGGCUGCGGCGGAACAGUAAUCAGCGAUCGUCACAUCCUCACCGCUGCUCACUGCCUUUACGGUUUCUCCUCAGUGAAUGUUUACAUGGGGGUCUACACAAUCAAUCCACUGGACAGUGGUUACAUAAAACGCGUUGUUCCAAGUUGGAAUUUUCGAAUUCACACGUCCUAUAAGGGUCAGAACUGGGAUGACAUCGCCAUUCUAAAGAUGGAUCCUCCACUAAGCCAAACCGAGCUUAGCCGUAUUGCCAUAGCGAAACUACCUCCUGCUGGCACUACCGUUACUUACGAAAAUCAAUGGGCACAAGCUGUCGGUUGGGGCUGGACUAUCGACGGUGUAUCGUCUGGUUCCCCGUAUUUAAAGGCUACAUGGUUGGCCAUACAAUCCAAAGAAUAUUGCUCGUAUAAAUUCUAUUAUGUUAAUGUAGCUGUCGGAAAUGGCGAAAGCGUCGGCGUACCAUACAACCACGCACUGAUGAUGUGUACCUACCGAGACAAUGAAGGAAGUUGCCUUGGAGAUAGUGGAGGCCCCAUCAUAGUUAACGAUGUUCAAGUCGGGAUCGCUAGCUUUGGUGGUCCAUCAUGUACCUACGGUGGCGCUUGGAUGCGAGUUUCUGCUUACGUCAACAAUGGAUGGAUUCGUAACAACAUGAUUUACUAAUCCAACAAGUUUUUCUUGCUUCUACACCCUUCAAUUAAAGAUUUAAACUUUUAACAUUUAAUUAUCAACCUAAUUUCAAUAGUAAGUCGUUGUAGCAAACGACAAAUAGAUCUGGUGGCGCAUACAAUUAAGAACGGGAUCAUUGUGAAACUUUAUUUAAUUUUUCUCUUGCGAUAGAAUCAAUUUUCACGUUUCUUUGUUAUGUUAGCAAAAACAAAUCAAAGACACUGAAAAAUAGAACAUUAUUAAGGAAGUGCUUGACAGAUAGCGUCAGAGUCGUCUUUGUCGCAAUCGCAAUCGUUCCAGCAUCCAUUGGCUCCAUAAUUAAUCACCAUGCAGUCUUCACCACCAAAUGCUCCGGUAUCAUCGGGUUGUUUGGAACACCAGUUAGAGUAGCCUGGAUACAAAAUUGUGUCGGUACUUUCCCAAUACCAAGUGCCUUCGUUUGGUGCGUCGGUUAGAGAAGUCAAGAAUGUCGCCUCUGUAAGGAAUGAAACCGUGUUAAUAUCAAUUCAGCAAACAAGUAAUAUCAAAAUGUAGACACAUGUUUCCAUUUGUCAUCCUUCAGGGAAAUUCUUUAUACAAAAUUGCAUGUCAUUUCAUUACUAGCGAUAAUGUAACAAUUACCAGUGCCCCAAGCGUUGUGAAUGGAUAGUUCUUUUUCAUAAGUUUCCAGGGACAGUAAUUUCAUGUUGUGAGAGUUGCAAUAGGACCUUUGGGAUGGAUGAUUUCUCUAGUUAUUACAAAAUUUGAAAAAGUGCAUAAAUUUUAUAGCCCCCCAAAAGGUGCCAAAUCAUCUAUAGGUUUGUCAUCAACUUACUUUGGUGAAAGUAGCACAGUAGCAAGAAACCUCGUCGACAACUCGUCCACACUGACUUUCUGUACCCAAAUUAAACGGGCAAUCAACCGCCUGUAUAACGACACCCCAAUCUUGGAGUAAGUAUAACUGUCUCAAUAUAAAGUAUAAAAAUACAAUUCGUUUAACCUUUUGAAUCUUGAGUUUUAGAUUUGAAUUUGGCGCUUUGGUGAACCGGAUGCUGGCUGUCGACUGGGUCGUGUACACGGACGCUGACAAAUCUUUUCUCGAACGUUCGUGAAUCUUUUGAUCCUCUAAAAGGAGGAUCGGAGAAUCUUCUUUGGCCCCAUCAUGGAUCUAAAGUA